GGCUCCAGAACACUUCCGGGAGGCUCCUGUGGGGAAGUGUUUGGGUGUGUGCUUCCGGCGGCUUCCUGGCUGGUUCCUCAGCCUCCCGGACCAUCGGGCUGAAGUAGUGGGCAGGGAACGGGGCGCUGGCAACCCCCGGUCGUUGGGCCCGUCAGUCUCUAGCCAUGGACCGGGACCUUAUGCGGCAGUCACUGAAUUUCCACGGGCCGUCAUUGCUCUCCCUGCUCAGGAGCGAACAGCAGGACAAUCCGCACUUCCGGAGCCUCCUGGGGUCGGUGGUCGAGCCUGCCCGGGGCCCGCCGCCCCAGCAGCAGUUACAGGGAAGAAAAGAGAAGAGAGUUGAAAACAUUGAAAUACAAAAAUUCAUUUCCAAAAAAGCGGAUCUGCUUUUUGCACUUUCCUGGAAAUCAGAUGCACCUACAACUUCUGAAGUUAAUGAAGACGAUGAAGAGCAUUAUGCAAUCAUGCCACCUUUAGAGCAAUUCAUGGAGAUACCUAGUAUGGACCGGAGAGAGCUCUUUUUUCGAGAUAUUGAGCGUGGUGAUAUAGUGAUUGGAAGAAUUAGUUCCAUUCGGGAAUUUGGGUUUUUCAUGGUGUUGAUUUGUUUAGGCAGUGGCAUUAUGAGAGAUAUAUCCCACUUAGAAAUCACAGCUCUAUGUCCACUAAGAGACGUGCCUUCUCUCAGUAACCAUGGGGAUCCUUUAUCAUAUUACCAAAUUGGUGACAUCAUUCGAGCUGGAAUCAAGGAUAUCGACAGAUAUCAUGAAAAGCUCGCUGUAUCUCUAUAUAGCUCAUCUCUUCCACCACACCUAUCUGGUAUUAAAUUAGGUGUAAUUAGUUCCGAAGAACUUCCUUUGUACUACAGGAGAAGCGUUGAACUAAAUAGCAAUUCUUCAGAAUCCUAUGAGAAUAUCAUGCAGAGUUCUUUGGGAUUUGUUAAUCCAGGAGUAGUUGAAUUCCUUUUAGGAAAACUAGGAAUAGAUGAAUCUAAUCCACCAUCUUUAAUGCGAGGCCUGCAAAGCAAAAAUUUCUCUGAAGACGAUUUUGCUUCUGCAUUAAGAAAGAAGCAGUCUGCAUCUUGGGCUUUAAAAUGUGUGAAGAUUGGAGUUGAUUAUUUUAAGGUUGGACGCCACGUGGAUGCUAUGAAUGAAUACAAUAAGGCUCUGGAAAUAGAUAAACAAAAUGUGGAAGCUUUGGUAGCUCGUGGAGCAUUAUACGCAACAAAAGGAAGUCUGAACAAAGCAAUAGAAGAUUUUGAGCUUGCAUUGGAAAACUGUCCAACUCACAGGAAUGCAAGAAAAUACCUCUGCCAGACCCUUGUAGAAAGAGGAGGGCAGUUAGAAGAAGAAGAAAAGUUUUUAAAUGCUGAAAGUUACUAUAAGAAAGCUUUGGCUUUGGAUGAAACUUUUAAAGAUGCAGAGGAUGCUUUGCAGAAGCUUCAUAAAUAUAUGCAGAAAUCUUUGGAAUUAAGAGAAAAACAAGCUGAAAAGGAAGAAAAGCAGAAAACAAGGAAAAUAGAAACAAGUGCAGAAAAGUUACGUAAGCUUUUAAAAGAGGAGAAAAGGCUAAAGAAAAAAAGAAGAAAAUCAACUUCUUCCUCUUCAAGUGUUUCUUCUGCUGAUGAAUCAGUUUCUUCUUCUUCAUCCUCUUCCUCUUCUGGUCACAAAAGGCAUAAGAAACAUAAGAGGAAUCGCUCAGAGUCUUCUCGAAGUUCCAAAAGGCAUUCAGCUAAGGCAUCCUCAAAUCAGGUAGAUCAGAAUAAGAAAGAUGAGUGCUUCCCAGUUCCAGCCAAUACUUCAGCAUCUUUUCUUAACCAAAAACAAGAAGUGGAAAAACUACUGGAAAAGCAGGAUAGGUUACCAUAUCAAAAGAAACAGGUAAAAGAAAAAGAUAGAUGCCCUCUUUCUUCAUCUUCAGUUGAAAUUCCGGAUGAUUUUGGAGGUAGGUCUGAAGAUCCAAGAGAUUUUUAUAAUAGCUAUAAAACUCAGACAGGUAGUAGCAAAACAGAAAAGCCACAUAAAUCAGAAAGACAUUUUUCCAGUAGAAGAGAUUCCUCAGAUUCCUUCUAUAGGAAUUCAGAGGACAAGAUAAAAAUUUAUGGUUAUAGAAGAUUUGAGAAAGAUACAGAAGGAAGAAAAGAACACUAUAGAAGGUGGGAGCCAGGUUCCAUGAGAUAUUCCACUUCACCAGCAAGCUCAGACUACUCUUGGAAGUCAGUUGAAAAAUAUAAAAAAUACACUUAUUCUGGAUCACGUGAUUUCAGUAGACAUGAGCAAAGAUAUCAAUUAAAUAAAAAUCAAGGAGAAUAUGAAAGAGAGGGUAAUUUUGAGGAGGAUGUUAAAACAGAGGUUCCAGAAGAGGGACUAAGUAGCAAAGAGCAUUCAGAAAGUGGAGUUAAAAAAAAAUUACCUCAAAAUUUACUCAAUAUAUUUAAUCAGAUAGCUGCAUUUGAGAAAGAAAAAGGAAAUAAGCCAAAAAAUUAAUAUGCCAAGGGGAUCAGCACCAUUACACUAAAGGCUUUUAAUAAAAGGUUUUGGUCUUUUAGUAAUAACAGUCCAGUGCAGAAAUAUCUGCUCCUGCAGUUAUUUUAUUUGUAGAGACUACAGAAAUCAAGUGCUUUUUAUAGUGAUCCUCAAAGUAUAUUUCAGUUGUAGGUCCCCUUUUCAUAGCUUGAUUUUUUUCAGGCUUUUCUUGUGUAUGUUUAUAUACAGUUAUUUCUUAACUCUGAUGAUUUAAACUUCUUCACCUGAAGAUAACACUCUCAAAGUAUUGUUUCUUCAUUGUAUUAUGGUGUGUGAGAAUUCCUUGGGUCCACCUUAUCCUGCUGUUUGAGAGAAUAUUAAAUUUGUGCAUUGAACACUUGGA